AUGGGAGCAGAAUACAAAUCAUCUUUGAGAAUACUGGAACACUCACAAGUGAAAACCAUCCAAUUCAUUGAUGAGAUCUACCAUACUUACUACAGGAAGAAGAAACACUUGGGUGGAGGAGAAAUGGGAGUCGAUUUAGAUGCUGACGUGGAGGGAAGGAGGAAUUACGAUGAACGAACAGCACAGUUUAACCUGGAGGAUCCUCCUUACUUGAACACUAUUGGAGUCCCUGUAGGAGGAUGGGCUACAAUUCGGUUUGUUGCCAACAAUCCAGGGCUUUGGUUAUUGCAUUGCCACUUUGACAUCCAUCAAACAUGGGGAAUGAUGGCAAGACGGCGCUAG